AUGGAGAUUACUUUGAGGUGGUUCUUGUACUCAUCCAUGAGUUUCUCGAAUGUGGGGUCUCUGGAUCUAGAAGCUACAUACUGGGAUAAAGUGGUUUUGGAUCGGAGGCCGGUAGCAGUGGCGGUGGCGGUGGCGGUGACAAUGGAUCCACUAAAGAGGAAGAGUGAAACGGCAGAUCAUGAAGCUGAAUCUAGUGAUCGCAACCCCAGCACUGGAUAUGCUGAACCUAUUAGCAGCCCUCUUCAAACACCUGUAUCAGGAAAAAGGGGAAAGGCACAAAGAGCGCCAAGGAUUGCAAAAUGCAAUAGAGCUGGAUCCCAAACUCCUGUGGCAAAUGUUGGUUCUCCUUCAGGCAAUAAUCUCACUCCAGUUGGUCCCUGUCGCUAUGAUAGCUCCCUAGGUCUGUUGACAAAAAAGUUCAUCAAUCUCAUCAAACAUGCUGAAAAUGGUAUUCUUGAUCUAAAUAAAGCUGCUGACACAUUAGAGGUACAAAAGAGGCGGAUAUAUGAUAUUACAAAUGUUCUUGAAGGAAUUGGUCUCAUAGAGAAGAAGCUCAAGAAUAGAAUUCAAUGGAAGGGACUUGAUGUGUCAAGGCCAGGGGAGAUUGAUGAGAAUGUUGCUACCAUACAGGUAUGUUGAAGCUGGAAAUUUAUGAGCUUCUUGACAUGCAGAAACUUCAGGGGCUUAGGUGCACAGUACCACUUUUUGAAAAUGUGUGUGCAUGUGUUUUACUUUCUUUCCAUUUCUCUCUCUCUCUCUCUGUCUUCUUUGUUUUUUUUUUUUCCUUUCUUGGAGUAUCACUAUCCAAAUCAUCUGCACUAGUGGUUACAUAGAAUGGAACUUCUUAAGAGGAGCAAGGUUUGUGUGUGACAUUCCCCUUGAAAACAUCCCAGAUAUGUUCCUAAUGUGUUCCACAGCUUCUAAUGUAAAUAGGGAUUAUAUGCAUUGCUGACACAAGUCAAGCAUGUAGCAGUCACUUUUUAAAAUGCAUAAAGAAUAAUUUUUUUUGUUUGAUCGCUAGCGAAAGGAAUUUUAUUAACUAAAAAGACAAUAAGUACAAUAGAGGUAAAGCAUAAAAUCAGUAAUCAAAAUCAACCCAAAACAAAGCAAAAAGUAAAAUCUUGAUUUGCACACAGCCUUCCAAUCUUUGGAUAUCAAAAAGAGUGGGAUCCCUCUAAAUGAAGGUGACACUGAGGCCCAAAAGGAUGCCAAACACCGAACUCUAUCCCACAUAGAAUCCAUGCUCCAACCACACCAAGCCACAAUGCCUUUGCUCUCUUCCUACCCCCAAAUCCACGAAAUUCAAUUAAUGUAAGUAUAAAAUAUAAGGGAGUGGUAGCAGUUAAAUGUUGAGACUUGACUCAUCUUUUCUUAUAUUAUAACAUUCUGUGGAAACAUAGAUAUAUAACCUGAAGGUAAAUGUUUAUCUCAUGGAAUGUAUAUAUGAAUAUGUACAUGCAUAUAUGUAUAAUAGCGAUUGGGCACAUGCAAUGCAUGUGUGAACUUAUGGAAAAAGAUUAAUAUUAAUACUAAAAAGAUAUAUAGGAAAAGGAGUUUAUGUGUUCUGGGAAAUUUUAAAAUAUUAAAAAGAUACAUGGGGAAAGGAGUUGUGAUAGGAAACGUUACCAAGUUAGGUGGUAAACGUCACAUGCACGUAAUAGAAUGUUGUUGAGUGAACUGGGCAGUUUUAAAGCUGCUGAGGCAUUAUUCAAUGAUUUUAAUGUUUGAUCUUGUUAGUGAAUUAAAGAAACAUAC